AUGAGUGAUUCGUCUAAUAUUAUUGAAUUGAAUAUUGGGGGUGUUACAUAUUCAACACUCCAAUCAACAUUACAAUCUGAACCUGGAUCUUUAUUAGCUAACCUAGUUGGACAACAGCAAAAUCAUCAUUCAAAUAAUGUAUCAACGGAUAUUGAUAACAAAAUCACACGUGAUAAUAAAAAUCGUUAUUUUAUUGAUCGUGAUGGAGUGUUAUUUCGAUAUGUAUUAGAUUAUUUGCGUUGUAAAAAACUUGUUUUACCUGAAAGUUUUCAAGAGAAAGAACGUUUAAAAAACGAAGCAGAAUAUUAUAAAUUAACAAGUAUGGUUAAAGAAUUAGUUAUUCAUCAACAACUUGAACAAACAACAAAUACGACAAUAAAUUCAAAUGAAAAUAAAAAAUUGGCCGCUUCUUUCAUCUCAUUACCGGAUUCACCAGUCAAUAAGCAAUCACGUUCAGUAAAUGGUUAUAUUGUCGUUGGAUAUAGAGGCACAUUUGCAUUUGGUCGUGAUGGUUUAGCCGAUGUUAAAUUUAGAAAAAUUUCGCGUAUAUUAGUCUGUGGACGAGUAAAUUUAUGUCGUGAAGUUUUUGGAGAUACGUUGAAUGAAAGUCGAGAUCCGGAUCAUGGUCAGACAGAACGAUAUACUUCAAGAUUUUUUCUUAAACAUACAUUUCUUGAACAAGCAUUCGAUAUGCUCGGUGACGCUGGUUUUACGAUGGUUGGCUGUGCAGCAUCAGGAUGUAGUAGUUCUACCGAACCUGGAAAACAAACGGACAAUGAAGAAAACCGUUGGUUACAUUAUAAUGAGUUUGCAUUUCAAAGAGGACAAUAG